AUGAGCGAUGCCAAUUCCGACGACUGGGUAGACUCACCUAGUUCGGUUGAGCAAGAUGAGCAACAGUUCCCGAAGAGCAGCGUGGAGGAAGUAGAGAGGACUGCGUACCGGCAACACGCACCGACGCACCGACGCACCUCAUCACUGUCAUCAGGCAUCGCAGCUAUGUCUCUGGUCCAGCUUGCAUCCGCCCAACCACGUCAGCCAACUUCCCCACCGCCACCACACAGCUCCACCUUACCCAACCAAAUCGAGCACGAGCCCGAUCACGACCGGAACCGCUCUCCCAAAUCCUCCUUGCCAGACUACCACGACCCAGACUCACCGACGCAAAAGCGCGGGAAAGGCAUCGUUCGCAACCCUGUGGCAGAUACGUGGCGCGAAGACGCGUAUAUGAAAGAGAAAGCGAGCGAGCGGAAGAUAACAGUUGCAGAAGCGAGUAAAGUGCAGGAUAGGUGGAGGUGUGAGUAUUGCGGUCGACUGAAUGAGAGGGGGACCGAGACAACUGCAUCGGAAAAUCCAGCAACUACCACGCCAACAAUCCUGACGCGUGAUGGCGACAUUCCGCAGAUUGGUGCUCCUGGACCGUCGGACGAAUCAACAGAACCGGUAUACGUCCCCCAACCUCCAAAAUCUGGUGUACCUUAUGCAAAGUGCGGAUACUGCAGAGAGAAACUCCCUCUUAACCCUGCGAAAUACGAUGUCCGUGGACUACCUGAGGACGGUAUAAGAUAG